UCGAGUCUGUCAAACCCCUGAAACCGGAAGGAGAGACGCAGGAAGAGGACAAAAUAUAAACAGAAAUCACAAACCGGACCGGGGUCGCACAGCAUACACGACCCGACAGUGACGCCGCCGCGGACCCGAUUCGGUUCUGCAGACCGCCCCGGUGUAGAUAAUAUACCUGGACUGAACCCGGCGGUGUGUAUAUCCGGGUAGCGGCGCUGUGACCGCGGUGAGUUUGCGGAGAUGUCAGCAGUGCUCGGCCGGGCCGGGGCGGCGGGUCCCAGCUCGCUGUCCCGGUUCCGAGGCGCUCUGGUCGGCGCGCUGCUUGGGGACUGUGUCGGUGCCGAGUUCGAGGGCACGGAGGAGGUUCCGCUGGACCGGGUUCUGCAACACCUAGACGGAUUGGAGGAGGAGAGCCGUGGGGACGGUAUUCUGCAGUACUCUGAUGACACGGCUAUGACUCGCUGUGUGGUUCAGUCCCUGCUCUCUCGAAGUGAGUUCGAUGUCUCUGAUUUGGGGCGCAGGUUUGCGGAGGAGUAUCGCAGGGCCCCUCUCCGGGGGUACGGGGCAGGGGUGGUCCAGGUGUUUAAGAAGCUGCUCAGCCCCCGCUGUGCGGACGUGCUCCAGCCCGCCAGGGAGCAGUUCGGCGGGAGGGGGUCCUUCGGGAAUGGGGGGGCCAUGCGGGCCGCCCCCAUCGCGCUGGCGUACCCCCAAACACAGGACGUGAUCGAGUUCUCCCGACGCUGUGCCCUGCUCACUCACGCCUCCUCUUUGGGAUAUAACGGAGCCGUGCUACAGGCGCUGGCGGUGCACUUUGCCCUGCGGGGGGCACUGUGCUCAGGGGGGCAGUACCUGGAGCUGCUGAUCGGAGAGAUGGAGAGUCUGGAGAGAGAGGAGAAAGCACUGAGCGACGCCAGAGAGCUGAAUGAAGCUGACUUCCCGUACUGCACUCGGCUGAGGAAGGUGAAGGAGAUGCUGGAGAGGAGUGACGUGAGCGUGGAGGAGGUGGUGAUGGAGCUAGGUAACGGUAUAGCUGCUCUGCACUCAGUCCCCACGGCGAUAUUCUGUGCUCUGCACUGCCUCUCCGCGCGCCCCAGCCUGCCCCCCCACUACAGCGGGGUUCAGCGGACGCUGGCGUUCAGCCUGGCGCUCGGGGGGGACACCGACACCAUCGCCACCAUGGCCGGGGCCAUCGCCGGGGCGCACUAUGGGAUGGAACAGGUCCCAGCGUCGUGGCAACGCUCCUGUGAGGGGGAGCAGGACGCAGAGGAGUGGGGGGAGAGACUGCACAAGCUGUACCAGAGCAGAGCACUAGGGGGCAGCACCACUGAGAGGGAGAGAGGGAGUGAGGAGAGGGGAGAAAGAGCAGAGUGAGCGAGGGGGUAACUCUUAAGAGGGGGCAUCAGA